AUGGCACAAAAUGCUUCUCUUUUAGAGUUCUUGGAAACUGCUGUUGAGGCAGCAAAGAAAGCUGGAGAGAUAAUCCGCGAAGGAUUUUACCAGACCAAGCAUGUGGAGCAUAAAGGCUCGCUGAAUUUAGCAUGCAAGGGGAGCUUUAAGAUCCCGGGUAGUAAAGUUUUAAUCUUGGCAUUGAGGUCACCAAGUUUUGUAACAAAAUUGGCAAUUGAAUUUAACAUGCCCGAGAGAUUUAGAAUGGAAAUUGAAUCAGCAUGGUUGGAGUGCUAUAAAGCCCCGGUUUAUAAAACUAAUGACAACCAAGUUUUGAUCUUGGUGGAUUUAGUUACAGAGACUGACAAGUCUUGUGAAGAUCUCAUUUUUAACCAUCUCAGGAAGCAGUACCCCUCACAUAAGUUCAUUGGGGAAGAAACUACUGCUGCCAAUGGUGUUACGGAACUGACUGAUGAACCAACUUGGAUAGUUGAUCCUCUUGAUGGAACAACCAACUUUGUCCAUGGGUUCCCCUUUGUGUGCACUUCUAUCGGUCUUACAAUUGGAAAAGUUCCCACAGUAGGGGUUGUUUACAACCCAAUAAUGGAUGAGCUUUUCACAGGCAUCCUUGGAAAAGGUGCUUUUCUGAAUGGAAAACCCAUCAAAGUAUCAUCUCAAAGUGAGCUUGUGAAAUCUCUUCUUGCAUCAGAGGUAGGAACAAAACGUGACAAGGCCACUGUGGAUGCCACUACGGACAAAAUUAACCGCUUGCUUUUCAAGGUGAGAUCUCUUAGGAUGAGUGGCUCCUGUGCAUUGAAUCUAUGCGGUGUUGCAUGUGGAAGGAUUGAUUUGUUUUAUGAAACCGGAUAUGGAGGUCCAUGGGAUGUAGCAGGUGGUGCUGUGAUUGUCAAAGAAGCUGGAGGACUCGUUUAUGACCCAUCUGGUAAAGAUUUUGACAUCACUUCUCAGAGAGUUGCAGCUUCAAACCCUCUCCUGAAGGAUCCAUUUGUUGAGGUUUUGCGGCAGUCAAAAUGA